ACCCCCUGCGAUGCCAAAAUCAUAACAAGCUUGUCGUUUUCUGCCAUUAUGGCUAACCCGAGGAAGUUCAGUGAAAAGAUAGCAUUACAUAAUCAAAAACAAGCGGAGGAAACUGCUGCUUUUGAGGCAAUUAUUAGAGAUGUAUCGGCUGCAACUAGGGGAUCGCCCAGCUAUUCUACUCCAAAUCAACACCUACAGCUCCAACAGAAUAUCAUGGGCCAAUACAGGGCAGGGUCACUACCAAACGUCAACCAGAUGGCCGGUAAUUCGGCUGUAGAUUUGCAGACGACCCUCCAGCACUUCGAUGAUAUACGAGGAGGUCCAGUACACAAUCGGGGAAUCGACAGACUACACAACCGGGACAGGGGGAGACAACUUGGUCCACACAGACGUGCUUUCCCUAUGGACAAGCAAAGGGCUGAUUGUUCCCCAUAUGGGUCUGCAUUCCUCACCCCUCCUCCAGAUACAAGUUGGCGCAGGUUAUUUCGUCAUCUUAACGGUCCUAACCUAUCUCGAACAAACUCCGAUUCUGCCCUCCACACUAGUGCCAUGGCUCCUAUAAGUGACCUGGGAGACCACAUGCAUGGUGCUACAACACCCCCAGUAAAUCGACGUCUUAUGGAAGUAGCCGGAGAAAAUGCAAUGCAGGGCGGAGCAUUAAUGAAAGAAUUUUGGGAUCCCAAAAAGCUGGUGGCACAAUCAAGGCCAAAGUCUUGUGAGGUACCAAAUAUCAAUAUCUAUCCAUCAACGGAGCAGGAAAACCAGGGAACAGGCAUUCAUGUUCCUAUCACGAACAACACUGGUUCACUGCCGGAUCUGACUGUACUCCACUUCCCACCCCCACUGGCUACUCCCCUGGAUGCAGAGGAUCAGUCAUACCAAGGGGGGCAAGCACCCCCAGGUUCUGCCCCUGCAAAUCUCUCCCCCACCAGUGCUCACAGACUUGGGGGCAUGGGCCCUCCUAGCCCCCAGGCUCAGAGCCCGGUACAGCGACGCAGGCUGCAGCAUGGUGGCCCAAGCCCCCUUGUACUCAGUGGAUCUCCCACACAACAGAUGAGGAUGUCUCACUCUACGCCCGAUAGUGUUCCAAAUCUCGACCCCAGUAAGCUCUCUUUGGACCCUCGGUUAAAACAACAGUAUCUGUUAUACUUACAUCAGCAACAGCAGCAGCGACAACGAGGGGGGCAUACCCGCCCCCCUGCCCCCUCCAACAAUAACCUGCGACAGGUGCCUCAGGUCCAUAUCACUUCCGCAUGUGACCAAAAUAAUUCUCAGGUACAGCCAUCAUUAACACAGUACAGGAAUAAUGUAUCAGAGUCUAAUUGCCAGUCACCCACAUCUCCCCUGUCGCAAACAUCUCACUCUCCGGCACAGUCACCGGGCCUGCCACCCACUUCCUGGAAUAACUCACCAUUCACAGAGAACUACCAGCAUCAACAGCAGCAGCAGCAGACCAAUGCACUACAGCAUCAGUUUGAGCAAUUCAACAUGUCACAAGACAACCACUUCAUAUCAUCAUCAUCUGAUUCCUCAUUGUUGACCAACGGAGCAACGAGCACUGCUAUCUACACGUCUCCUCAGAACACGUCAAUAAACUUUUCACAGGCUAUAACUCAUGGCCUGUCGGGCAGCAAUCAGGAUCUUCAUCAACAGUACUUUCCACAACAAUUGGACUCGGAACGAAUUUCUCAAAAGUGUGUAGUAAAUCCUGCUGUGCAAUACCAGCAUCUUCAACAGCAGUCUGCGCAGCAACAACAAAACAUUUUACAACAACAGCAGCAGCAACAGCAACAACAACAUGUGUCGUCGAGUGGUAAAAUACCAGAUAUCAUAUUCACAGGUAUCAACUCUUACUUGUUUCCAGGUGUUGACGAUAAUUUGAUGGGGAAACAGGACUUUGCUAAGGAGCUUGGCAAUGCCAUUACUGGUAUGCCUGACGGCUUUGAUACAGAAUUCUUUACUUCAGACGAGGCUCUCAAAGUAGGUCUCGAUCCUUUGGACUUGGACGGCUUACAGAUGCUAACGGACCCCAGCAUGUUAACGGAUCCAGCCACAGAGGAAAGCUUUAAAUUGGACAGAUUAUAGGAUUUACUACUCCAGCACUUAAAUCAGCGCUUUGUGUCAAUUCUGUUUUUAACAUCUUAGAAAUCUAAAAAAAAAUAUAUAAUAUUGGUUAUGUCUAUCAAUGCAUUUACACUUACUCCAGGACUUGUAAUGCCCUUUCCCUUGUCUGUCAUGAGCGCGGCCACACCUACUUGCUAGCCAACAGAAGGAAGAUAGUGUUAAUUAAUUUGAACUAUGAAGUAGAAUAAAUUGGUGGUUCAUAUUAUAAUGUUUAACGGUCAAGAAUUUAGUAGUGAUUUUGCUUCUUACAAAACAGUAUUUUUGUACUGGUGACAUUGUAUAACUGUUCCCCUGCAUACAUUGGCAUUCCUUAAUUACUUAAUGUGAACAAGGCACGACGCUGUCGUAUUGAGAGAGAGAGAGAGAGUGAGUUUGCUCAUAAGAAUGUGAUAUGUAGAGAAACUAGAGCCAGCUGGUUAUUUAUUAUUUUCCAGAAAGUUCUAAAAAGAGCUGCUGUGUCAUUUGUAGGAUAUUUUACACAUUGCUAUUGUAUUUUUACAAAGAUUUAAAUGCUUUAUUCCUUUGCUUAGGUAACUUUUUUCUGAUGUUAAACAGUUGUUGAAACUAGCUUGGUUCUCUUAAUUAAACAGAUGUUUUACCACUUCUAAGGAAGAUAACUCUGUCAGAGUUUGUAUUCUUAAUUGUUUAAUGUAAACAAGAACAAGUAAAUCUUCUCAACAAUUUCUUCAUUUGCAGAACAAACAUUCAACUUUUGUAUUGAAAUAUUUUGCUGCAAGAAUCUAAAGAGCACAACUUUUUAACUAUUUUUCCGCUCUUUUUCCCCCUGUUUGAACAUAUAUUAACAGCCAUGGACUGUAUUCUGACAACUUGAUGGGACUACCUUUAUUCUGCCCCCUUUUAGGGUCUGAAGUCCUAUCCAUUUGAUACAAUCUUUUGGCAGAGAGCUCUCUGGAAUAGGCAUUGAAUCUUUAACUAAGGCAGGCUGGGUGGUCUGCUGGAGCCUUCUUCAUUCUUAAAAAAAAAUCUGUGUGGCGAAGAUAGUAACGAGAGCAGAAAGUUAAGAUUUUAAAGACACCACAAGCUAGCAUAUUAAGGGCAAGGUGAUUUGUGUUUGUAAAGUGAAUAUCCGUCACAUUUGUCUAUUUAGUGAUGAAUUUAUUCACACUGGGAAUCAAAAGUCUUCAGUUGAUAGCUGGCGUAUAUCUGAAAAAAAAGUGCUUGUUAUUUAUUUUUUAUAGCUAAAAAGAUUAGAUUAGAUGAUUGUUUAUAAAUACUGUUAUUUGUACUGAUAGAUAUAUGUCACACUACUCUGCCUACUUCUCUGCUGUGGCCAAAUUCUUCAACAUCAAGUUUAAUCAUUUUACAUUGGAGAUGAAAUCAAAAGUAUUUUGUGUAUAAGUUGUCAGAGAAAUAUUUUUUCAGUAAUAUACAGGAACUCAAGGGCCAUUUAACAAGAUCAAAAUCACCAUACUUCGAUGCAAAUAUAAACUGUUUUAUAGUUUAAUGUAAGCAAUAGGCAGAGUCAUUAAAACAAUAAACCAUUAAUUUAAUGUAUUGGAUAAUUAGAUUUUCAAUUUCAACCAAUUUGAUUUUAUUUAGAAACAGGAUUGAAUAGGCAUAGCCUAUACUCUCUUCUAGGUGGAUAAUUUACAGGUUCAUUAUAUGGUUACUGUAUACCAACUUAUUUUCGCAUGUGAUCAAUAUAUGCAUAUUUUUCCCGCAAUUGAAAUUCACAAAAAUUAUUGGCCAGGAAAUAGUUUCCAUCACAGGUAAAGUAGGCAUUUCAUGACUGUAAAUCAUGAAAAUCAAACCAGCAAGAAAAUGUCUUCGGCAUCAAAAUGCUAAAUUAAAUCGCCGUGAAAAUAUGUUGGUUUACAUUAAAUAAGUGAUGAUGGCUAAAUUCAAAAUUUAAUUGUUACAUUUCUCAGCAUCAGGUGAAAAUGAAGAUCAAAGAAUUGCCUAAACUGAAGCAAACGAGAAAGAAAAAAUGGCUUAUCAGAUCUGCUGCUAUUUACAUGAACAUGAGAAUAUACAUAGCACUGGAGUAGACAGGAGUAGUUGUGCAAUAGUCCAUCUUUUAGGGUGUAGCCAUGACAUCACUGAACCAUACUUGCUAGUUUCUCGGAAUUUCCACAGGGGAGACAACAUGUUCAAAUUUUCAACCCUCGGAGACAUUUGAUACUCUCCUUUUGACAAAAUAAUGCCUUAAAUCUACAAAUCUGAAGCAACCAGUUUUUUCAGGACUGAUUGUUAAUUGGACUUUUAAAAAUAUGAACAAUGUAGUUUUACUGAUAAUUCAUUACCUAAAUACAGGGUUAAAAUUUAGUAGUCUCCCUACAAAAAUGGAAGAUGGCAAGUAUGAAGUACCAUGCUACUCAACUAGAACCAAGUUCGGCAGCAAAUUUACAGUUGAUAUUUCAAAGAUUUAUAUGAAGAUUUUAAAUUUAUAUUGUCUGUGAUUUUUAAAUGUUUUGGAAUACUGUAGGUUAACUUAUAUUUCAUGUAUAUUUAAUUUUUAUAACUGAACAUUUUUAGCACUUUAUUGUGCCGACGUAAAUGUAUAGUCAUGUUUCACUCAACAUUGAUGUCUAGCAUUAUGUAUGAAUUUUAGUUUGUAUGAUACUGAAUUAAAACAAGUCAUUGAUACUUUAAGCAAUUUUAUAUGAGGUUGAAUAUCACAUCAUGAAAUAUAAGUUAUCUACAGUAUCUCGGAUGAAUAUAUGUAACCUCCUUUAGGUUCGACAAUCAAUAGUAUAUUAGACCUAAUGUCCUCGACAACAUGUGCAGGGGAGUCGAAAAAAAAACUUCUAGUUAGGCACAAUCACACCUCUUUAUUUGUCAUGUAUCUUGUAUGGUGAAAAAGGUGUUUUAUUGCGCAACAUGGAAUGUUUGUGGCUUGUAGCUGAUUUUGUGGCAAAACAUUUCGAAGAUCAGAGGUUUAAUUGGACAGAUUCUUUUGACAAACACCUUGUAACUGUUUAAAAGAAGCAAAAAAAGAAUAAGAAUAAAAGUCAGCUGACCAGCAGCCUUAUGAUUUAUUUUAUAAGAGUGAAAAUUCCAUGUAAAACAAGAAAGUGGUAAAAUAUGUAGAUUAAUAAAUCCACAAAAACCUAACAUGCUCAUGAGGAUAAAUGUGUUAUACUAUCGAACCGUGAAAAUCUGCUUGUACAGGACAAACAUUUCAUGUUAAAGAAGUCGGUAUAUCAAAAGAUAAUGGUUCAUCCAUUUCAAAAGAUUAUCGACUCCUUGUUUACUACUCUGAUAUUGUGGGCGUACUCCCACAGAGCCAGACUAUGAUCAGGAUGGUGUUAGGAUAUGUGAAGAACUGUUGUUACCUGUUUCUGACCUAUUAUAAAAUAUCUAUCUUUAUUAUUUGUUGCAGAUUAUUUAUAUGUAUAGUUUGCUAUUAUUGGGUGGUGCGAGAGGAAGGUUUGUUGGUGUCAUCGUUAAGUGCUGUGAUGCAGCUAUGUACAUAUUUUAAUACAAUUCUUAUCUAUGUUUUUGCCCGUGUUGUCAUUUUAACAUCUACAAAUGACCUUCGGGGCAUUUUGACAAAUUCAAUGGUCUAGUCAUAAAAUAACCCAGUACUGUUUCAAAAACUUUCAAAAAAUUUUAUAAAAAGAGAAUGUAUGUUGAGGUAAACGAAGAGAGAGCGAGAGAAUGAUGCCAUUAUUUGAUAAGCCAUCAGGAAGGAUAACUUCUUAGAAGCUCACUGUCAAGUAAUGUCAUUUUAGGUACUCGUACAUAAAUAUAUGUACCCGGUCUUCAAUAUCAUUGAUUUUUUGCAUUAUUGAUAAUAUUGUUCAUGUAUGUCAAUUUUAUGCUUGAUUUUUAUAUGUCUUCAUUUCUGAUAAUCCACCAAUGUCUCCUCAUCACUGGAAUGUCAUCACCAUUGUGUAUGGUCUCAUCUCAUUACCCAUCUCCAUCGUGAUUGGUCAGUUUAGUCAGCUGGAUAGAAGUGAACACAGCCACCUGUAUGUAGAUGCCCAUUACUCAAGUCCUCUGCAGAUGGGCAUGUCAAUAUCAUGAGAGAGAAAAUUGGGGUAUUUUAUUUGCACUAUUAGGAUUAGAUCACACAAGAAUUUUCAUCAAUUUUUUUUAUGUAAAUAAUGGGAGGGAGCUUGGGAUGGCUUCCCUUCUCUGUUAUCUGCUGAAUGUCAUUGUUAUACAUAGUCGUAUGCUGAUUGGAGUGGCCUAUAAAAUUAUCUGUCUUCAUUUUAUCAGUGUUCCUAAAGAACAAAAAUGUUGGGUCAGUGACCAUUCACAAAAUGUUCUUGAUUCCGAUUUUGCCUUAACUGUUGAUAACAUAGAGCCACAUUAACAGAGAUUUGUGCCAGCAGACACAAACUGUGGUUACAGCCUACUCUGGCAGUAUGUCGGCAUGUUGUCACUGUGAUCAUCUAAAGCAAUGCUAGUACUACAGGUUAUACGACUGGUGCUAGAAUGGGUUAGCACUUAAAUGCUACAUACUUAAGUGCUAAAAGGUCAAUAAGUAUGCAGUAGAGUCAUUGCCAAACAGGAGAUUGAAUAAUUUCUAUCGUACUCCAGACUGUGCUUCAUGUUAAACAUUGUACUUUGUUUUUGCGUCUGUACAGCAUCAAUUUUGUUAAAGAUAUUUUUCAUAGAGAUUUUAUUCCUACAUAUUACAGUAUUGUUAUGGAUUAACAGGAUGAUAUGUAAAAAAUAUUUUGUGGGUGAUGUCAAAAUGUUGUCAGGGUUAAGACCUGUAAUGACACAGUGGACCUGGGAUGGUAGCGAUGGUUUUGACACGGCACGGUUAUAUGGUGUCGAUAUUUGCAUGUAUGGUAACCAUAGUAACAACCUUUCUUAACACUUAAGAGAAUUACUUAUUGAUCAGGGUAUGUGUACCAUAACAUUGGUAUUAUCUUUGAGCAAAUAGCCAUAACAUUGGCUUUUGUUUAAGCCAAAGCUUUGGUACUUCCAACACAUUUCACUGAGUGAGUUUAUGAUAUUGUUCUUUAUGGAAAAGUUUCCAUAGAAAGAUAUCAUAGCGUUGACUUCAGGUAACAAUUUAACCUUAUUAUUACACAUGGUAUAAUAACUACUCAAUUUAAAUCCCAUCUCUCAAUCAUUUCAGUAUUUCUUUGUUAAAUGUAACAACUUAUACAGAGGUGAAAUGAAUGGUCCGAUUUUAAUGAUAUAUGUUUCCUGAGUGCUAGUUGGAGAUUACAAAGCUACCUUGAUUUACCCUUUUUGUUACCAGUAUUCUUGAUAUAAGAAUGAGUUACCAUGGUGCUACCAUUUGAUUUCAUCAUCACCAUAGUAACAUGAUACCCCUGUGGUAACUUGGGGGAGCCAUGUUGCCAUCCUUCCAGCACAGGAUUACUUUGGGGUUACUCUUUUGUCACAAGGUUACUAUGAUACUACAUAUGGUGUACAUGAUGUGUCUGGUAGUUUAGUGUAAUAUCCAGUGUGUUACCCUGGUAAUGUCCUCAAGGGUUAUAUAGAACUUAUGGGAUACCUUCUAGUAACUUUGUUGCCAUGAUGUUACCCUCCAAUUUCUACAUGACUACCAUGGUGAUACCAUCAAUAGUAAAAUGGUUGUCAUGAUAUUACCCUCCAGAAUUGCAUGGUUACCAUUGUGUUACCUCCGUGGCUGCAUGUUACCAUAUAGGUACACUCCGGGGGUAAAUGGUUACCAUAAUGUUACCUCCAUGGCUACAUUGUUACCAUGGCAUUACUCUCCACAAUUACAUCGUUACAAUGUGUUACCUCCGUGGCUACUGGUUAUCAUGGUGUUACCCUCCCGGGUUAUGUGAUUGUGAUUACCAUGGUUUUACCCUCCAGAGUUAUGUGAUAACCAUAGUGACUUCCACCAUGAUAUGUACCUUAGUUGCUGUGUUUGUGUUCUAAUUUCAUAGUUUUGUAGGACACAGAAUUAGCAGUACUGUUACCCAAGAUGAGUUGUGUCCUCACAUUGUAAGACCAGGCCCUGGUUUCACCUUUUUUUGAUGUCCUAUCUUUGUAAGUUAUAAAUGAUUUUUUUACCAUAUGUGAAUCAAAUAUUACAACACAGCAAAAAUAGUGAGAUAGCAUUCUGUGUUCAUGUUAAACAAAGGUUUUCAUGAUGGAUGGAAAACAUCCUCCAGAUAUUCAGGCUAAAAUUCCAGCUUACAAUAUGACUGCUAUCUUAAUCAAGUAAAUGUUUAUAGCCGAGUAAAAGAAAGAUGCAUGCUACUUUACCAUGACGUACCUCUGAAAGUGUUUCACGCCAUAAAUGAAGUAAAAUAAAAGUGUAAAAUACAAUUAUCCAGGAUUAAUGUAAACCUAAGCUCAAAUAAGAAAUAUGUAAGGUAGCAUACAAUCAGGAAAACAAACUAGCCAACAUUUCAAUCAGUGAACAAGAUAAAUUCUGGUUUUAUCUGGCUGUAAGUCUUAUUUGCCUUACAAAAAAAGACGCACUCAAUCAGAUACCGGUGUUUUUGUUGCCAUAGUGAAUUGCAUAUCCAUAUUUAUGAACAGUCGUUAAUGUCUGAUUUUCAGUAAUGACUGCUCUGAAGCAUGAUAUUUUGUAUAUAUCUUUCGUAACAGGAAAUAGCAGAUUGCACGCACUGAAGAUGCAGCAUCUUAAAAAUUAUAUAGAAAUAGAUAUCAGCAUUUCUUUUCCUUCAGCCUAAAUGGACAUUGGUGCAAGAAUAACUCCCCUGGUAACAUUCCAAUGAAAAUGUAUAUUUUACAAAUCUAAGCUAAACACAUUUCUUGGAAGUUGGAGAAGCGUGUUAAAUGCUUAUUGUUGUUGUUUGGUCAAAUUUUUACAAGUACAUGUAGAUCUAAAUCAAACUAUUCUGUAUGUAUUAUUAAGUAUUUGUUGUUUUUGCUGGUUUUCCUUCAACAUGUGUUGAACUUUGGAUGAAUUUCUAUGACCCCUUGGAUGAAUUUCUUUGGCCCCUUGUGGUGCAUGUUGGAUGGAAUCCUCCAACAUGUGCAAGCCUAAGGUGUAUUUGGAUUUAGUAAGUAACCUGUGUUGUGGCUCUAAUUCCGGUCACUUAGGUUUUGACUUUGUUCCUAGGUCACCUGCUCUGUGAGGAGUCUUUUUCUGAAUCGUGGAAUGUUGUGACUGAAAUUUCUGAGACAUGAUCUGUGACUUAAAUUCACAUCACAUUAGGUUCGACUGAAUUUAUGCAUUAAGAGUUAUCGUGGAUUAAAGUAUUGGUCACAUUGGUUUUGACUGAAUUCUAAACAAUCAUGUACUUAUAUGUUCUGAAUUUCCAGGGAACUGUUAUGUUGGCUAGAAUUUCUGGGUCAUGCGAGGCAAACUGAAUUACUUGGUAACAUGUGUGACCUGAAUUUCAAGGACACCUAAAUGGUGUGGCUUAAAUUUCUCGGUCAUGUGAUGUCAAACAGAAUUCCUUAGUCUCAUGCAUGACCUGCAUUUCCAGGACACCUGUAUGUUUGUUGGCUGAAUUCUGAGUCUGUGAUGUCAAAUUGAAUUAUUUGGUUACAUGUGUGAUCCAAAUUUCUGGGGUACCUUAAUGUUGUGGCUUGAAUAUCUGAGUCAUAGAUCCUGGGUCACAUGUGUGGACUCAAUUUCCAGGGAACCUAUAUAUUGUGACUGAACUCUGGGAUCACGCUGUAAUCUGAAUGCCUUGGUCACAUUAGGUGACCUUAACUCUUAGGCCUCAUGUGUUGAGACACACAGGGGUGGCUGUGUUCUGUUACUGAUAAAGCUUCAAUUGUACAAAAACUGUACACACACGUAUCAUCCUGAUGUACUAUAUUGCUUUUUACAGUCUUAGAGGGUUAUAACAUUGACUGUUGUAUGUUUGUUACCAUGACGUUUGUCAUCACAUGUUGUCCAGUACCAUUACCCUUCAUUCUACUGGAGUAAAUAUACUACAUAUAAAGAAA